AUGUCUGCCAGUUUGGUCACAUACACUGCAGCGUCGAGCGAUGAUUCGUGGGAACAAUUGAGGCCUGCGAUCACGCAUGCCUGGCUCAAUCGAGCGUCAGAUUUGAAGCACUUGAAGUCCAUCCUUCGGCAAGAGUACAGCAUUAUUUCUACGGAAAAGACAUGCAGGACUCAUCUCAAAAGGUGGGGGUUGUUAACCUACAAGAGGCGUCAAGAUGGAGCGUUUGCAAAGUCUUUGGUACACCCUCCCAGGGCACGUAAAGGCAUCGCUUUCCGAGGGGAGAGAUGCAUUGAUCAAAUCUCCCGAACUUCAAGCCCCAUGACCAAAAACCCCGUCUUACCGACAGCUUUUCGAUUACAAGAAUUUGUUCUGCACUCUAUUGACGUCUUUGUCAGCCAUUCGUUUCCAGAGCCUCUUGCUACGACUACACAGCUAAAGGCCCGGGAUCUGAUACACCCGAAGUACAAUAAAGACUACAGUCUUUCUUGGCAGAGUGUUGCCGACUUGUAUCAAGCUGCGGAAGGAUAUUUCAGAGGCGAGUGUUACAAAAAGUUCGUCAAUACCAUUCGAAAGGCCCAUCUGGAGUUGAAGUUCCUCAUUGGACUUCCCGACUCUCAAUCAAAAGACUUUCAACAGACUUGUCAACAUACAAUGAUAACCAGAUUCUGGCGUAUUUGCCAUAGGCUUUUCAAGCUUGAUUUUCUCUGGCCACAAUACCGGUACUCGUUCUUGUUGGAUUUUCUUAUUGAGGUCGAAAGAUUGGUGAGCUGGUUCCAUGGUACAUCACAUCCAUUUGCUCGGCUCCUGCGAGCUAUGGGGAGAUUGGACAAGGAAUAUCUGCAAGCGGUUCUCAAGAUGGGUGCUUCUAGAACUAUUGGUGUAAUGGCACCAAUGAUGGAUCAACGACAACGUCGAAUGGUGUUCUACGCCUGGACAGACUUUACACAUAAGACAUAA